ACCUGUGCUCGGUGGGUGUUCGGAGAAGGUAGCAUCAUGGCGUCAGGAACGGGAGAGUCGUCCGCUGGACACGACGCAGAACUGGACGAAUUAUUGGACAGUGCACUGGAUGACUUUGACAAGACACCGGCCCCUCCGGCCCCAGAAUCUGCAGCUGCUUCGUCCUCAGCCAACAGUGGUGCAGAGAAGCCACCCCUCCUUGAGGACUGCAAGCUUUUUGAGUCUCUCUUUGAGGGAGAAAUGGCUGCUCAAGCCAAGGAGGAGUGGGAGAAGGCCAUGACUGAGCUGGCCCAGGAGGAGCCAGAAUUACUGCAGCACUUCCAAAAGCUGUCAGAGGCUGCAGGCAAAGUCGGCAGUGACACCGCCUCCCAGCAAGAAUUCACUUCCUGUCUUAAAGAAACCCUCCGUGGCCUGGCCAAAAAUGCAGACAAUCUGCAGUCAGCAGGACUAGCUGGUGACGAUCUUGUCAAGGCUCUAGAAGGCCUAGGAUUGGAGGAGGGUGGCGAAGGGGGCGGCGAUGAUGGAAACAUCCUGCCCAUCAUGCAGUCCAUCAUGCAGAAUCUUCUCUCUAAGGAAGUGCUUUAUCCGUCUCUCAAAGAGAUCUCUACCAAGUACCCAGAGUGGUUGGUUGCCAACAAACCAAGCCUUAGCCCAGAGGACUACCAGCGCUAUGAACAGCAGGCCAACAUCAUGGGAGAGAUCUGUAAGCUCUUUGAGAAGGAGGAAGAGGGGGCAGGUGAUAAAGAGAGCACGUUUGAGAGCAUCAUGGAUCUGAUGCAACGGCUUCAAAACCUGGGCCAACCACCCAAAGAGUUAGCAGGUGAAGCGCCUCCCGGACUUAACUUUGACAUGGAGUCACUGAAUCUUCCCGGGGGACCCGGGGCCGCCGGGGCGGAGCAGUGCUCCAUCAUGUGAUGAGGUAGUGGCGCAGUCCAUCAGAAGCACUGAAGCCAGAGGGUCACUCUGUGUGCGUCAGCAAUGAAGAGGAAGUGAGGAAGGGAGUGCGAAGCAAAGGUCAGGCAGGAGUGUGACCAGACCGUCGACACUGUUCUCCCUCAAGUAGAAGGUGUGUGGAUGGCAGAAACGUCAGGAGGAGGCACAAAAACCAACAGGAACCACACCCACAAACACACACUCUUCUCUGUAAAAUCACUGAACGCACAACUGAGGACUUUUCACAACAUCUCUGUAUUAGGUUUUUCAGCGGUUGCCACAGCUCCUUCAUGGUUUAGUUUUAACAGCAUUCCUUUUAAACAGAAAAUACCACUGCCGUUUUUCCAUACUGUUUAGCCUCAUAGUAAAAUCUAUCAAACCACUUCACGGGUAUAAACAGUGCCUUUGCAAAAUGACUUAAGUUAUUAUUUUAGGUCUCAUGAUAAAGUGAGACCUACCGUUCAGCUAAGCACCUCAGAUUAUAGUUUUAAAGUAGUGUGAAUUUGCAAGAUCAUGCAAGGGUUUGCACCGAGUUAGUGAUUGUUCUCUGGUUUUUCAUUUACAACUUAAAAACACACCUCUGUCUCUAUACGGGCUGUACAGGAUUUGGUGAGCUAACAAUUUAUUAACAUGUAAAGAAACUGGAAAAAAUGAGUGUACAUUUGUUAAUUAUUUAAAAAAUUAAAAAGACUACAGAGGAUUGGACGCCUCAUGAAAAGUUCCCCGCACUUACUGUAAUUCAGCCAACUAGCUGAAUGAGACCCAUCCCUGGAGUGUUAUUCCCCACUCCCAGGUAUUGAUUUGAAGUGAUUGAGAUGAUGACUCCUGGAUGCCUUUGCUGUGGUUACAGUGAUCAUUAUAGUGUAGAGUUACUGUGCAAAGUGCUUCCCUUGUGAUUCCCAAUGUUUUUAACAUGCAGAGUGGUGUUUUCUUUAGUAUAGGGUCCCUGCUAGGAAGGAAGAACACUUGAGUGGUGUUCAGGAGUGUUUACCAUCUGAUAGCAUGUACGUAUAUCCUCUGUACCCUCCAUUAAAAGUACAUGAUGUUCUUUCCAGAAAAGCUGACAGGCAGAGUACUGAACACAACGUGUCACAUGAGGAGAGAAGCAUGUCUAUGAUUUGUGCAGAUGCAGUGUUAGCUAAGAACAUCAACAGCCUGUUGUCAGAACAUUUUGGCUGUGGUUGGUGGGUUUGUUUACUCCAACAGCCAAUUUUCACUGGCUGCUAUUGCCAGUGGACAAAAGUUUACCGCUGUCAAUACAGAGAGAGGUCUAGAAAUCACACAACCUUUAGCUCAUCAAUAACUCUAUAAUAAUGGGAUACUGCUGUGAAAGGAUUCGGUCAGCCAUGCACUGAAAAGAGAUCAGAUUUACACCAAACACAGCUGAGGGGAGGCUGCUGCGGGGGCCCAUAAAGCCCUGUGGUUUUCAUCACGAAGAGGGGGAUGCAGUCUAUUCAGCUCUCAGGGCCGAUGCAAACAUACCCAGAGCACCGUUGAAAAAAUGCAGCCUGUCAUUUGACACUUGUUUUCUCUUGUAAAUAUAUGAAAUAAAAUAAUGAUAUAUUGCAAA